AUGUUCAGUAUUCCUAAACAUUCUGGUCUUUGUUUCGGAACAAAACUUCACACACUUGUCCUGUCUGAUAUCUUCAUGUAUCCGCAGCAGGAACUGAGUGGCAGUGAAGAAGUCUUCCCUGAUUCUUCUUCCAGGCCCUUCAUGCCUCGUCUCUUAACUGUCCUCCUCUUCCUAACCGGCCUAGCUUCAGCGGCAGCCAUCGGUGGUGGUUUUAAACCGGCAGAUGACAUUCUCAUUGAUUGCGGAGCCAAGUCAUCAGCCAAAACCCCUGAAGGUAGAGUCUUUAAGAGCGACUCAGAGACGGUUCAGUUUAUAGAAGCCAAAGACGAUAUUCAGGUCUCUGCCCGACCUUCAGAUAAACUCCCUUCUCCUAUUUACCUGACAGCAAGGAUCUUCCGCGAAGAAGCCAUUUACAAGUUCCAUUUGACCCAACCUGGUUGGCAUUGGGUUCGCCUCCAUUUCUUUGCCUUCCCCAAUGACAAGUUUGAUCUCCAGCAAGCAACUUUCUCUCUUGUAACAGAGAAAUACGUCUUGCUUCAUAACUUUAAACUGAGUAACAACAAUGAUGUUCUUCAGAAGGAGUACCUCGUCAACAUAACGGAUGCUCAAUUCGCCCUUAGCUUCAAACCUAUGAAAGAUUCUGCCGCUUUCAUUAACGCUAUCGAAGUCGUGUCAGCUCCGGACGAACUUAUCUCUGAUGCAGGCACUUCCCUUUUCCCUGUCAACGGCUUUUCGGGUCUGUCUGGUUACGCAUACCAGUCGGUUUACAGGGUUAAUGUUGGUGGUCCCCUGAUCACGCCUCAGAACGACACACUAGGAAGAACCUGGACACCUGACAAAGAAUACUUGAAAGAUGAGAAUAUGGCUAAGGAUGUCAAAACAACACCUACAGCGAUCAAGUAUCCCCCUGGAACUACACCGCUGAUUGCGCCACAGACGGUUUACGCAACAGCCGCGGAGAUGGCUGAUUCUCACACCAUGGAUCCUAAUUUCAAUGUGACAUGGAACUUUCCAUCAAACCCAUCAUUCCACUACCUCAUUCGUCUUCAUUUCUGUGACAUCAUCAGUAAGUCCCUCAAUGACCUCUACUUCAACGUUUACAUCAAUGGCAAGACAGCCAUUUCCGGGCUGGAUUUAUCCACUGUAGCUGGCGAUCUCGCUGCUCCUUACUACAAAGACAUUGUAGUGAACUCGACCCUUAUGAAAUCUGAGCUUCAGGUCCAGAUUGGUCCCAUGGGAGAAGACACUGGGUCCAAAAACGCAAUCUUGAAUGGAGUCGAGGUUCUGAAGAUGAGCAACUCCGUAAACAGUCUUGACGGAGAGUUUGGAGUUGAUGGUAGAACAGCCGGAAUGGGGAAGCACGGGAUGGUUGCAACCGCGGGAUUUGUGAUGAUGUUUGGAGCUUUCAUUGGUCUUGGAGCAAUGGUUUACAAGUGGAAGAAGAGGCCACAAGAUUGGCAGAAGAGGAACAGUUUCUCUUCUUGGUUGUUACCGAUACACGCAGGUGAUAGUACCUUCAUGACAAGCAAAGGUGGUUCUCAGAAAUCCAACUUGUACAAUUCUGCGCUUGGCCUCGGACGCAAUUUCUCCCUCUCAGAACUUCAGCAAGUCACAAAGAACUUUGAUGCAUCAGAGAUAAUCGGUGUCGGUGGAUUCGGAAACGUCUACAUCGGAACCAUCGAUGACGGAACUCAAGUCGCCAUCAAACGAGGCAAUCCACAGUCAGAGCAAGGGAUCACAGAGUUUCACACUGAGAUUCAAAUGCUGUCUAAACUCAGACACAGACACUUAGUCUCUUUGAUUGGAUACUGCGACGAGAACUCAGAGAUGAUCCUCGUCUACGAAUACAUGUCCAAUGGUCCUUUCAGAGACCAUCUCUACGGUAAAAACCUUUCUCCUCUGACAUGGAAACAACGACUCGAGAUAUGCAUAGGAGCUGCUCGUGGUCUUCACUACUUACACACAGGAACAGCUCAAGGCAUUAUCCACCGUGACGUCAAAUCCACAAAUAUCCUCCUCGACGAAGCUUUAGUUGCUAAAGUCGCUGACUUUGGUCUCUCCAAAGACGUUGAAUUGGGACAAAACCAUGUCAGCACGGCCGUGAAGGGUAGUUUCGGGUAUUUAGAUCCCGAAUACUUCAGGAGACAACAACUUACAGACAAGUCCGAUGUUUAUUCAUUUGGUGUUGUACUUCUAGAAGCUUUAUGCGCAAGACCAGCCAUUAAUCCUCAGCUUCCGAGGGAACAGGUUAACUUAGCCGAAUGGGCUAUGCAAUGGAAAGAAAAAGGGUUGCUCGAAAAGAUCAUCGAUCCUCAUCUCGUUGGCACUGUGAAUCCUGAAUCUAUGAAGAAGUUUGCAGAAGCUGCAGAGAAGUGUUUAGCGGAUUACGGUGUUGAUAGACCAACUAUGGGAGAUGUAUUGUGGAACUUGGAGUAUGCUCUUCAGCUUCAAGAAGCAUUUUCUCAGGGUAAAACUGAAGCUGAGGAGGUUGAAACCGAUAAGCCUGCGACGGCUGCACCUGCCACCAUUGCCAUCACCACCACCGCUAGUGAACGUCCGGUUUCUCAGGCUGAAGAGAAGGAUGACUCGGCGGUGGACGAACAUUCAACCGCCAUGUUUACUCAGUUUGCUGACCUCAACGGAAGAUAA